CUUGGGUUUUCUUGUUUAGAUUACUCAAAAAAAAAGUACCAGGAACUUUUGGGCUUACACUUCAGAACCCUUGCUUUUUUUUUUUUUUUCCUGGGACAUGGCGACACCAGAGACCACCAGCAUUGGGCUUAGUUCCUCCAGCCUGAGCCGGAGCACCGCCUCUAACGCCAUCGCCGCCACCACUGCGACGCCCCCGCCGUUGCUACUGCCCCGGAUUACAAUCAAGUUUUGCACACAAUGCAAGUGGAUGCUCCGAGCCGCCUAUUACGCACAAGAGCUUUUAUCCACCUUCUCGACAGGGCUGGGUGAAGUAGCCUUGCAACCCUCGACUGGGGGUACCUUCAUCGUCCAGAUUCAGACGGCGGCGGCGACCACCACCGCCACCACCGACGACGACGACGAUGAGAACAAACCCUCUGCGCAUAGCAGCGGCGGUUUAUCCCACACGCUCUGGGACCGCAAGGUUGAUGGCGGCUUCCCAGAGACCAAGGAGCUCAAGCGGAGGGUGCGCGACGUGAUUGAGCCGGGACGGAACCUGGGCCACGUCGACCGGGACUAUAAAAGACCCGAAGGAGCUGCAACCAUCACCACCACCCACGCUGCCGAGCAUGUCUCAGAGCAAGCUUCUGGUGGGUCGGCUCAGGGAGCUGUAGAAGAAAAGGAUCCCGGUAAUGCUGCUGGUGGUGGCAGAGGAACUGAUGAAGCCGCGGUGGGACAACAAAAGGAAACCUGCGAGGACUGCAAUUGA